AUGUCUACUGCUGGGCCUACGGGCGUUGAAUUGGAAGAUGAGGAGGAUAUCGACGACGAAGAACAUGAACCUCUCGAAGGAAAUACUGCUUGGGACGUUGGCUGGACUUAUGUCGACGCCGGGUAUUUUAUGGUAUGGUACGAGAACCUGCAUCUUCAAUCAACCGAUUGGGAGACGUGGGAAAUGGUUUACGAGAGGCCUUCUGCCGAGGGCCCCAAGUGCAGCGCUGAGGGCCGUUAUGAUAACAAUACUAUGCGAGCUGUAGUCACCAAAAACGGGAGCGGCGGCCACAUGAGCGACCUCACUUUCACAGGCGGUAAAUGGGGUAUUUAUGGUGGGAACCAGCAGUUUACCGGGCAGCAUAUCACCUUCAAGAACUGUACUGUGGCAGCGCAGCUGAUCUGGGAGGGGCUGGGCAUGGAAGUCGAUUGUUGUCGACGGCCAUCAAACUCAUUUCGGAUGAUCACCUCGCGCGGUAUUGGCGGCACUUCAAUCAUUGAGUCGAUUAUUAGAAACACCGAUACAGCUGUCGCCAUGUGCCAGUCCACCUAG